UUUUUUUGGCGUUGCGACGCGACCUCAAACCCACGACGGCGCCAGAACUUGGAAUGGCAAAAUGAGACGAGCUCCCGCGGCGACGCACAAGAGGCGGUCGCCGACGCAUUAGGCCUCGGAGACGGAUUUCUUUUGUUAAGCAGACGUGCUUUUUACAACUGCUAGCCGUCAAGUUCCAAGCGAGUUGCCAGGCCUUUCGGCCUCGAUGGGGUCGGAGUCUGUGAAGGUGGCGGUCCGGUGCAGGCCCCUGAACGACCCGGAGAAGGUUCUGGGUUCCAAGAUGGCGGUGAGCGUGGACCCGCAGCGCUGCCAGUGUUUCAUCGAGAAGCCCGGCGCCGUCGACGAGCCCCCAAAGCAGUUCACCUUCGACGGGACUUACUUCACCGAUCAAACCACGGAGCAGUUGUACAACGAGAGCGCCUAUCCUUUGGUGGAGGGUGUGACCGAGGGGUACAACGGCACAAUAUUUGCUUACGGCCAAACGGGGAGCGGCAAGUCCUUCACGAUGCAGGGGGUGUCCGAGCCCCCGGCCCGGAGGGGCGUCAUCCCGCGGGCCUUUGAGCACGUCUUCGAGUGCAUUCAGCUGAAAGAGCAGCCGGAUCGCGGGGCGUACGCCCGGGACCUGUCCGCGCACACGGUCCACAGCGUGACCCAGUGCGAGGCGGUGAUGGAGCGCGGCUGGCGGAACCGCGCCGUGGCCUGCGCCUCGAUGAACGCGGACUCGUCUCGCUCGCACUCCAUCUUCAGCGUCCGCCUGGAGAUGUGCCGCACAGACGCGGCGGGCCGGGACCAGCUCCGAGCCGCCAAGCUCAACCUGGUGGACCUGGCGGGAAGCGAGCGUCAGUCCAAAACGGGCGCCACGGGUGAGCGUCUGCGCGAGGCCGCCAAGAUCAACCUGUCGCUCUCGGCCCCGGGCAACGUCAUCUCGGCCCUGGCGGACGGCCGCUCCAAAUACGUCCCCUACCGGGACUCGAAGCUGACCCGCUUGCUGCGGGACUCGCUGGGGGGCAACAACCGCGCCCUGAUGGUCGCCUGCCUCUCGCCGGCCGACGGCAACUACGAGGAGAGCCUGAGCACGCUGCGCUACGCCAACCGGGCCAAGAGUAUCCAACGGCCCCGGGUCAACGAGGACCCGAAGGACGCGUUGCUGCGAGAGUACCGGGAGGAGAUCAAGAAGCUGCGGGCCCUCAUCUCGGGCCAGAGGACUUCUGCCGCCGUCCUUCCUCGGGGGGUGGUGGUGGGGGGGGGGGCGGAUCAUGUCAUCUUUUCCUCUCUCGGCCGGGAUGAGGUUUCCCGCAGCUCCACCGGCGGCGAGGAGGAGAAGAUUAAGAAGGACCACGAGGAGAGGCUGGCCGGGCCGCAGGCCGACCACAGCGCCGAGCGGGAGUCCGAGGCCGAGGCCGAGCUGCAGGACUGCAAACUGCCUCCCAUGUCCAGCAGGGGGAGCUCUGCCCUAAAGAACGCUGAAGACAGCGGCGACAACCUCCCCAGCGCCACAGAUGAGGCGCACGCGCUCGAUGAAACGGGCCCUCCGGUAAAUACGCGCAACGCCAACUCGGGCGGUCCUGCCUCCGUCGCGGCCACGGCGGCGGGUCCAGAUGGCGCUCCGGAGGAGUCGCCCGGUGUCGGCGCCGCGGGGGAUCUGAAGCGCAAAGAAGCUCUGGAGAGGUCGCUGCUAAUAUCGCAAAAGACGAACGUCGUGCGCUUCUCGCGGCCGGCUCAGCUGAAAGCGGCCAGACUGGAGAUCCGCGACCUGCGGGCGGAGUUUGAGGAGGAGCGGAAGGACUACCUGGCGAGCGUCCGCCGGCUGGAGCGCGACGGCCAGCUGCUGCGCGGCCUGCUGGAGCGCAUGACGCCGCUGGUCCGCCGCCACUGCGACUACAGCAGCCUGGAGCGCCUGAAGAGGGAGGCGGCGUGGGACCAGGAGAGCGCCACCUGGAGGUUUCCCCAGGUGACGCUCCGGAGGACCUCGCUGCCCUCAGCUCGCCCCACUUGUCCGCCGCUCUCUCCCACGUGUGUCCGCCAGCAGGUCGACGAGGACGGGCUCAAAGAACUGCUGGACCGCAGCGACACCGGAAACGUUGCCCACGCGUACUUCAGACCCAAGAGGGCCGCCCAGCUGCUCGGAGGCGGAACAGCAGCCACGGGAUGCGCCGGCCACGCCCCCUCCCUCUCGAAGGGGCCGCCCCACCCGAGCGUCAACGGCGGCCUGGACUCCGUCGUGCCACGCCCCUUUCGCCUCCAAUCCUCGACCGUGCCUGCUGCGUCCGGCGCGAAAACCGAGAGGAAAAAAACCAAAUCUCAUCAGUGAGAGUUGGCGCCCCCCGGUGGCAUGUGCCCCCAAAAAUAUCCAACUUCGUCAGUUUUAGACGUGAAACUUUUGUCACCGAACAUUUCAACCUUCCUGCUUCACUGAAGUCAUCAUUCAUCCAUUCCAUGAAUAAUACUAAAG